AUGGAUUACUUCAAACGCAUGCCCGGCCGCAUCUCGCAUGCACUUUCCACAGAUAUCACCAUCAACCGCACCAUCAGGUAUGGCGGCAAGGCCGUCCGGGCAGCGCCCUCAGUUGCAGCGCAGUAUCUCGUUGAGCGAGUUCCUGUCGUGCACUGGCUUCCAAAAUACAACCCAAGAUGGCUGCUAAACGACACCUUGGCUGGCAUCACUGUCGGUGUGCUCCUGAUUCCCCAGUCGCUGGCAUAUGCCAAAAUCGCCACCAUCCCCGGCGAGUUCGGCCUGAUGUCUAGUUGGCUACCGAAUCUGCUUUAUUUCCUUAUGGGCACUAGCAAAGAUCUGUCGACUGGUCCUACCUCUCUCAUGGGAUUGCUCACUGCGGAAAUCAUCGCCGACGUACUUCACGACGGCUACUCCGCACAAGCCAUUGCUUCGGCUGUUGCCAUGUCUGUCGGCAUAUACUCUCUGGUUAUUGGUCUCCUCAAGCUCGGCUUCUUGCUGGAAUUCAUCUCAGUGCCCGUGCUGAGUGGCUUUAUCUCCGCUGCCGCCAUCGUAAUUAUGCUUGGCCAAAUCCCCUCACUCUUUGGCGUCACUGUGCGAUCUGGUACCGCGAACAUCAUACACGACAUCUUCGCUCAGAUACCGCAAUGGGAUGGCGCGACGACUGGCAUUGGUCUUGGCGGCAUCCUUAUCCUCGUCUUGAUGCAGAAGAUGGGCCAACGAUGGGGCAAGAAGAGCAAGGUCGUUUGGCUGCUAGCUCUCGGCCGCAGUGCAUUCGUGCUGAUCCUCUUUACGGGUAUCUCGUACGGUCUCAACAAGAACAGGGCUGACGAUCCCAUCUGGGCUCUCAGCAAGGUCAAGUCCAGUGGCAUCAGCAACCCAAAGAUGCCUGAUGGCGAACUCAUCAAGAAAGUCUUCCCGCGCUCGAUUGCACCCUUUAUCGCCGCUGCACUUGAGCACUUGGCCAUUGCAAAGGCGUUUGGCAGGAAGAACAACUACGUCACCGAUGCUGCGCAGGAACUGGUCUACCUGGGAACUACCAACUUCUUCAAUUCCUUCUUCUCCUCCAUGCCCGUGGGCGGCGCCAUGUCGCGCACAGCCGUCAACUCCGACUCGGGCGUGAAGUCGCCCGCGUACGGUCUAAUCGCCGGAGGCGUAGUCAUUCUGUCAAUCUUCAAGCUCAGCCCAGCACUAUACUGGAUCCCCAAGGCGACACUUGCCGCCAUAAUCGUCACAGCCGUCUGGCAUAUUGUGAUCCCGCCCAAAGUCUUCUACGGAUACUGGAAGACCUCGCUCGUGGACUUCAUCGCCAGUAUGCUCGCUUUCUGGCUCACACUCUUCGUGUCCAGCGAAGUCGGCAUCGGCUCAGCGGUCGGCUUCAGCAUCGCGUACCACCUGCUCUUCGCAGCCUUCCACCGCGUCACCCGCGUCACCUCUCUCUCGGCAGUGCAGAGUUCCACGCCCAAGGUCGUGCCACUCGACACCCAGGUCUUCGCCAUCCACCAGAGUAUGCUGUUCUACAACGCCUACCACAUCAAGAACCAGUGCCUGGAUGCUAUACAGACGCACAACUCAGGCCAGGUCGUUACUUUCGAGGCAGAAAAGGAUCGCAACUGGAGCGUUGCAGGCGAAAAGCGCGCCGCGCGCCUGCGCACCAAAGCCGCCAUCAUCGACGAGCCGGUGCAGAUCCGCAUCGUCGUGCUCGAUCUAAGCGGCAUGCACAACAUUGACACCACAGGCCUCACGGCGCUCAAGGAUCUCAAGACCGAUAUCGAGAAGUUCGGUGGCAACAAUACCCAGGUCAGGCUCGUCGGGCUCAACGAGAGGGUGGCACUGCGCUUUUCGCGCUUCGGCUGGGUCGUCGCGGGCGCUGCUGAUAUCGAGAAGAGUAAAGAGGAGCGCAAGAGAGUCACGGCUGUCUAUUCGACGGUCGACCACGCGCUUGUUCAGCGCGGACGCACAUUCAGUGAGGAUGAUAUUCAGCCCGUUGAGAUGCAUAUCGUGGGCGACGAGAAGGAGAAGGUUUGA